AUGUUAGGAGAGAGAAAACGAACGGCAGAAAAAGAAAAGGGCAUGGUAUGGGAAUAUCAAGGAAGGGUAAAUGACAGGGAAGGAAAAUGUCAUGAAAAGGUAGUGUUAGAAAAAAACAAAUGUUGGGGAAAAGCGAGUAUCAGGAAAAUAAAUAUUGGGAAAAGUAAAUGUCAUAAAAGUAAAUAUUGGGGAAAGUAA